GGAUACAGGAAGUACACAGGAUCUGAAGCAGAGCCCUUACCUGCUGCCAACAGAGCAGCUGCUACCUAGCAGGAGUCUCCAGGCUUCUGAAGAAACAUGUCUUUUUCCCUCUGCACCUCAUGGGUCUGGAUGCUUCUCUUUCUUGGCUGCACCCUUGGACAGUCAAAGCAAACCCGCUCUGCAGGAAGUGAUGUCAGAAACUGCACCACAGUCCCUCCGUACCUGCCUUCCACAGUGACAAACACAGCUGAGCGACUCCAGGCCCUGCGUCAACACAUGCGAGUCUACAACGUCAGUGCCUACAUUGUUCCAGCCACUGAUGCCCACAUGAGCGAGUACAUAGCUGAGCAGGAUGCCCGGUUGGCAUGGAUGACAGGCUUUACAGGAUCUGCAGGAACUGGGGUGGUGACUCUGGACAAAGCAACUCUGUGGACUGACAGUCGCUAUUGGAUCCAGGCUGAACGCCAGAUGGAUUGUAGUUGGGAGCUUCAGAAGACAGUUUGGAUCCAUUCUAUUGGGGAGUGGAUUCUCCAGGAAGUUCCAGCUGGGAAGAACAUUGGCUUGGACCCCUUCCUCUUUUCCAUUGAUAACUGGGAGAGUUACUGCCAGGCUCUGCAGAAUUCGGGCAGGAACCUGAUUCCCAUUGAAACCAACCUAGUGGACCUUGUCUGGGAUGCCCAGAAGCCCCCUCCACCCACCCACAGUAUCUAUGCCCUCUCGGAUGAGUUCACUGGGAACACCUGGCAGAACAAAGUUUCUGACAUCCGAACCCAAAUGGAGAAGCAUUCCAAGAGCCCCACAGCAGUGCUGCUCUCUGGCCUGGAGGAGACAGCCUGGCUCUUUAACCUACGAGGAGAUGACAUUCCCUACAACCCCGUGUUCUACUCCUAUGCCCUGCUGACCAAAUCAAAUAUCAGCCUGUUUCUGAACCAGAGCCGCUUGACCCAAGAUGCCCUUCAGUCCCUGACAGCAGGAUGCCCAGGGCCACUGUGUGUACACCUUGAGGACUACAACCAGGUGAAGGCCCAUCUGGAGAACUAUGUCCAGGGAGACAUCCAAGUUUGGAUUGGCACUGAGUACACCACCUAUGGGCUCUUUAGAGUGAUCCCUGAGGAGAAGCGCUUGCAGGAAAGCUAUUCCCCAGUAAUGACCACCAAGGCAGUGAAGAACACCAAGGAGCAAGGACUUCUUAAAGCAGCUCAUGUGCGGGACGCCGUGGCAGUGAUCCAGUACCUGCAUUGGCUGGAGAAGAAUGUGCCACUGGGAUCAGUGAAUGAAUUCUCCGGAGCACACUAUGUGAACCAGCUACGACAAAAGAUGGACCACUGGCGGGGGCCCAGCUUUGAAACCAUCUCUGCCAGUGGGCUCAAUGCUGCACUUGCCCACUACAGUCCCUCCAAUGUCAGCAGCCGGAAGCUGUCGGUGGAUGAAAUGUACCUGACGGACUCCGGAGGGCAAUAUCUGGAUGGAACAACGGAUAUAACCCGGACUGUCCACUGGGGGGCUCCCACCCCUUUCCAGAAGGAAGCGUAUACGCGAGUGUUGAUGGGAAAUAUUGAGCUGUCCAGACUUGUCUUCCCUUCUGGUACAUCAGGGCGAAUGAUUGAGGCCUUUGCUCGCCGGGCGUUAUGGGAGGUUGGGCUCAACUAUGGCCACGGGACUGGCCACGGCAUCGGCAAUUUCCUGUCUGUUCAUGAGUGGCCAGUGGGAUUUCAGUCCAACAACGUGCCCUUGACCACAGGGAUGUUCACUUCCAUAGAACCUGGGUAUUACCAAGACGGCGAGUUUGGGAUCCGCAUUGAAGAUGUGGCGCUGGUGGUGGAAACCCAGACUGAGCACAAGGUGGGGGACAAGCCCUUUCUGACCUUCGAGGUGGUGUCACUGGUGCCGUAUGACCGGAACCUCAUUGACGUCAGGCUCCUGUCUGCGGAGCAGAUCCAAUACCUCAACUCGUACUAUGAAACCAUCCGUCACCGUGUAGGGCCGGAAUUGCAGAGACGCCAGCUGCAGGAGGAGUAUGAGUGGAUGAGAAGUAACACUGAGCCCUUCUCCCAGGGUGUCCUGGUGGCUGCUUCCCUGGGCCUCCUGGCUGUCACCACCCUGAUGUCUGAAUUCCUGUCUAACUUGCAGGCCUGAGGGGUGCUGUGCCUGAUCCACUCAGCUCUUCUACUGCCCCAUACUCAGAGGUCCAAACUCAUUGAGUGCCCCCAGGCAUGUUUCCCUGCUCCCAGCAGCCUGAGGUUCAUGUAUUUCCUCACACUCACCCUUGUUACCUCACUUCCUUUUUUGUUUGUAAUUAAAAAUAAGUAACAUCCAGGAAA